AAAAUAUGGAAUAAUAACAAUUUUGUCUUUAUUUUUUAAUAUACUCGACCCGAGUUGAAUUUUUGGCGUUUAAAAUGUUGGCGGGCGUGGCAGGCUGUUGUACAUUAGUGAUUGGAAUUGCGCAUUAAUAAAAUAAAAUAAAAUAAAAUAAAAUAAAUGUUGCUAAAUAAAUGAGUGAAAGCAAACAAAUGAUUAAAUGCAAAUGUUUUGUACUUAAAAGUUUAAUACAAAUUGAUGAAGUCUGACAUGCGGAAGUUUAGACGUCACUUGCACAUGCACUGUGCUGAACUUGUUUUUAAAAAUAAGUCUAACGUGUAAACAGUUAAUUUGGUGAUUCCUUUGCAUCCCAUUAUCACACAAUUGUUUACUAAAAACGAAAACAGUGCUAAACACGGUUGAAAAUAAUGGAACGUGCGUUAUUAUUCAAAUGUGGUCGAUGAAGUGACGGAAGUAUUUUGCGGCUGCACAUUUCCUGUUCCCUAGCAACAAGAGCAGUGUUGAAGAAUAAGACAAUUGGAAGAAGAGAGUCCCUUUUGAUCGUUAUACACCUCAAAAUAAGUUCUUUUGUCAGAUAACGAGUGGGCAAAUGUCUCCUGGAAUGUGCGUGGAGUCGAUAUUGGAGGCAGGAUUUAUCUUCUACUGCGUGGCCACUCUGGACACCCUCCUGACCUAAACGACUGUUCUCCAUUGUGUAUGGACAAGAAAGGCAUCAAAUGUAUUCCCCUCCUGCAUACGCUGUCAACCUGGUGCGCUUAUUUCGCUCUUCAUCGUCACGACUGCGCAUGACGGCGCAUGGACGGCAGGUUUCCUGUGCCAACAGUGCGGGCUGUUCUGUCCUGACAUGGCCACGCUUGUAGAGCACACGGACGCUCACCUGGAGCAGGACGAGGAGCGCAAGUUCAAGUGUGACGAAUGCGGACGUGGCUACAGACAUGCCGGCAGCCUCGCCAAUCACAAAAAGGCUCACGACGUGGGAUUGUUUGAGUGCCAUUUGUGCGGCAAAGAGAACUCAAACGCUUUGGCUUUGAAAAGUCAUAUGCGGAGUCACACGGCUCACAAAAAGUACUCCUGUUCCCGAUGCGGCAAGGCUUUCCGCCUGGCUACGCAACUCGCUACGCACGAGCGGGCUCACCGUGUCUCGCAAUCAAAGACUGAGGACGAGGAGUAUGAAGACAUGGCAAAUAAUCAUUGGAACAACCAGUCGAUCCAGGCGGAGAACGGCCUCGUUGAUCACAACCGACCGCAGUGUGACUCGUCCGAUGACGCCGACGGCCGACCGUUCAAGUGCGACCUGUGCGACAAGACUUACAUUCACCUCCGAAGCUUGAACAACCACAAGAAGACUCACCAGGUGGGAAUAUUUGAGUGCACCGUCUGCUUCAAACUCUUCAACAACAUGGCCGCGCUCUACAGCCACCAGAGGACACACAAAAUCCGAAGCGGCCGCGGCGGAGGCAGUAGCUCAGCGUCCGGCUUCUACGCUAACGCCACACAGGAGCAGUUUUCCCCAAAGAGUCCGGACGGUCCCGUCAACUUCUGCCAUUUGUGUCAGGUUGUGUUCCCUAGUGAGGAGGAGUUCCAGGAGCACAUCCAAAUGCACAACUCAUCGUCGGCAACCUUUGGCCUGGAGGACAACACAGCGGAGAGCCCCCAUAUGCCAUACAACAACAUUACCUCGCCUCAAUCCAGCUUUUACGCAGCUCCUAACGAUCUCGCUCCCUUGCCAUCGGUCGAUAAUUGUCAAGGUUUUGAUCAGCCGCGCGGUCACAUGUAUUCAAACAGUAAUCAAACACCGUCUUCCGACUGCUCUCAGGGACAACCCCCGCCCGUGGACCCCGGAAUUCUCAAUCCGCUUCCGAAUGCGUCCGGGAGGGACGACGCUUCCGCGGCCGAUUCCGACGAGCGUCCCUUCAGGUGUCAGAUCUGCGGCAAGAGCUACCGCCACUCCGGAAGCCUUAUCAACCACAAGCGCUCACAUCAGGUGGGGAUUUACCAGUGCUCCGUUUGCAGGAAGAAGUACCCUCACCUGGCCGCGCUCAAGAGUCACCUCCGCCUACACAAGGGUCACAAAUCCUCAUUCAACCCCAACGGAGCGGGGGACUGGCUCGCUUCUGAACAAUUUUCUCCAGUCAGCGACCAGGGGCUUUUCUUCUCAACACAGGAUGCGGAGGACAACAACGAUCCUCAUCUUGGACUCGGCACGUACCUCGAUCGUCAGGACUCUGCUCCAGAUGCGAGCGUGCGGCCACCUCACGCCGAGCUUUCCACACAGAGGCACAUGUGCGCCGACUGCGGGGACUCUUUUGCGGACAUCGCCGGGAUCAUGGCGCACUCGUGCCCCCUGCUUCAACAGCAGCACUCGAGCGGGGGCCACAACGCCGACGGGAACUUUGAGGGCACCGUCGCGCAGUUUCAAGGACUGAACGAGAGCGCUCAUCAGAGUUACUUUGAGCAGAGCUUCAAAGAAAAUCUGAGCGGCGAGCAGCUGAGCGGCAUGGCCGAAGAAGACGAUGGCGACCUUUUUCAGUGUUCCAUUUGCGGAAACAGCUACAGCAGCAUGCAGGCCCUCAGGAGCCAUCUCCGAGGUCACACGCGGUCCCGGUGCGCCACCGCCAGCUCGGGACCCUCGUCCUUAUCCUCCCAGGAGGAGGCCAGAGACGAGGAACCGGAGGAGAUGAUGAUCUGCAGUUCCUGCGGCGAAAGUUUCGCCAGCCGGCAGGACUUGCUCGCCCAUCAGCUCGAGCACGUCAAGCACCGAGGCGAAGACGGCGUCGGCGCGAGUGAGGGCCAAGCGUGCGAGGAGGAGACGCAAAGCGUCAUCUGCGGUCGCUGUGGAACCUUCUGCGCCGACGACCAUCAUCUGGAAAGCCACAACUGCGCGGCGGAGAAGAAAGAAGAGGAAUCGGCAGCGGCAGAAAGCGGCGAGGAAGUGGAAGUAAAAGCAAAGAACUUGCAGCACCAAGCCCGGCGCCACGUCAGAGACCAAUUUGAGGACCGUCAGUACAGAUGCGAUCAGUGCGGCCGCUCGUACAGACACUCGGGUUCCCUCCUCAACCACAAGAAGUCUCACAAAACAGGAGUGUUCAAGUGCAGCGUGUGUCAGAAACGCUUUUACAACCUGUUGGCUCUUAAGAACCACCAGAGGUCCCACUUUGACAUUAAGCGGCAUACUUGCGACGAGUGCGGCAAAGCCUUCAAAAUCCAGAAGCAGCUUUUGAUCCACCUCCGGAGGCACAAGGAGAACCGAGCCAAGAUCAAAGAGCUGAACAACCAGAUCCAGGCCCUGAUGCAGAUGAACAAUUCUGAGGCCGAGGCUGCCCGUGAAGCGCCGGAACGAACGACGCGAGCGGCCGCCGCGGACACAUCGGAGCGCACGGGCGACAGGCGACCCUUUGCAUGCGAGCAGUGCGGGCGCACAUAUCGCCACGCCGGCAGUCUGGUCAACCACAAAAAGUCCCACAAGACAGGCCACUAUUAUUGCUCUAUCUGCAACAAAGCUUACACCAAUCAACUGGCCGUCAAGAACCACUUGCGCACGCACUUUGCCAGUCGGAAGCAUUCUUGCCAAAAGUGCGGGAAAGGCUUCCGUGGAAAAUGGCAGCUAUCGGCUCACAUCUGCGCCGACUCCCAGAAGGGCGGCGGGCGGAGCUCGAGGUCUCGAGCUGCAAAGUGCAAACGAUGUAAAGAGACGUUUCCGUCCCGUGACCAAUUGGCAGCCCACGCCUGCGACGGCUCCCCGGCGAGCCACGAGGAAGAGCGUGCGUUCCCCUGCAACAUUUGCCACCGUAGCUAUCGGCACGCGGGCAGCCUCCUCAACCACAAGAACACGCACAAGACGGGACACUUCUCCUGCACCUUCUGCGCCAAGCCCUUCAGCAACCCCAUGGCGCUGCGCAACCACACUCGCAUCCACACGCAGCAGAAGAAAUAUGCGUGUCUGACGUGCGGGAAGGCCUUCCGCCUCGCCAGCAUCCUCCACAACCAUCAGAAGGUCCACAACCGCGCCAGCGCCCGCUUCAGCUGUCCGGCGUGCGGCAAGAGCUUCCGGGGAAGGUCCGGACUCAAGAGGCACCGCUGCCGAAGGGGUUGUGGAGAGGACGGGACGCAGCCAGAAGAGAGCCAGGACAAGUGCUUCAGGUGCGACCUUUGCGGGCGCUCGUACCGCCACGCCGGCUCCCUCCUCAACCACAAGAAAACUCACUCUGAAAACCUCCACCACUGCGGCCUUUGUCUGCAGACCUUCCCGGACCCCCUGGCUCUCCAGAUCCACUCCCAGAUGAGGCGCCAUUGCUGCCCGGAAUGCGGCAAGACCUUCUGCCUCAUCGCACACUUGCAGAGCCACAUGGAGGUUCACUCCAAGGAUCGCUCCAACGUUGGCAGCUCGGGUGAACUCGAGGCUAACGGCCUUAGCUGGACCGAGCCUGUGUCCCGUUCUCCCGAAAGCGCCGGCGACCAGGCGGAGAAGAGCCAUGUGUGCGAGCACUGCGGCCGCACUUACCGCCACGCCGGCUCUCUCCUCAACCACAAGAACAGCCACAAGACGGGCUCCUUCACCUGCAGCGCUUGCCACAAGGAAUUCUCCAACCUGAUGGCCCUCAAGAACCACCGGCGCAUUCACACGGAACCCAAGCGCUACCAGUGCCUGGAGUGCGGCAAGGCCUUCCGCGUAUCCACGCAGCUCAUCUGUCACCGGAGAAUCCACAGCAAAGAGAAGCCCUUCUCCUGUGCGCUGUGCGCCAGAAGCUUCUCCAACAAGUCCAACCUGAGGCACCACGAGAAGUUGCACCAGAACCAUCACGCUUACGACGACACCUCAGCGUUUAACUUGGAUGCUAACGGCUUCAUGGGCUUGGACAUGGGCUCCUUCCUUUAAGGUCGCCUCUCACUCGUACCGCUCGUACCUCCGACUCGUGAUUUCCUCGCAUCUUCUAAAUGUUGUUCUCGAGUCACGCCGCGCGUCACUUCACCUUCCUCACGGAGAAACAACCAAAGUGAUCCGUAUAGCGUGGCCCGCUUUUCCAGCGACUCUUCAGUGCCUGUAUCAAGAAACAUAAAAUGUAUACUCCACUCCCAAAAAAAUUGGACACUUGGGGGGGGGGGGCAAGCGAACCUUUUCAAGUGAGCGAAAUCUAACGUUUCCGUUUUUCAGUGCUUUGUGUGCAGGUUACUCUUCCUUCCCAAACAAUGAGCCGAACGGUUUGUGGUGCCGGAGUGGAUCGGAUCAACUGCUUUUUGUCAAUGAUAGUUGAGGAUCAACCACUUUUUGUAAACGGAUUCCUGAAAUGCAUUUCCAAAAGCCAAACAACCGGAACUUUUUUAGGGGUGGUGUAUGUUGUGUUUGUGACUGCUCACAUCACACACCUCUUGUGUGAAAACCGUCAAAUACCUCAUUGUAGUUCGUGCAAGGCUCACUCAAAGUGAUGGACUUGAAUCUAGUUACUACUAGUCUACUUACUAAUUUAAGUUUUUGUUAAGUGACCUUGUAUGCUGAAACUUACUAAUGUUCUCGCAUAAGACAGAGCACUGGAUAGCACGUCCGCCUCACUGUUGGGAGGUGCUGGUCUUGUGCAGCGUAUGCAUGCCCCCCCCAACCUCAUCCCCUCGUGCCCACGUGCCUCCUGUUUCCUCCCACAUUUCAUUGGACACUCGUAAUUUUCUGUAGCUAAGUUUGUGAGUGUGACUGGUUGUUUGUCUGUCUGUGUGCCCUGCGAUUGGCUGGCAACCAGUUCAGGGUGUAUCCCGCCUACUGCUCAGUCAGCUGCCGGCCCCUGUUCAAUACACACACAGUGUAGUGUCAUGAUUUUAUCUCACGAGUAUAUCGAUGUUGACUUUACCCCAUCUGUAGUUUGCAUGCAAAAGUGCCACAGUUAAAUUGAUACAUAUAGUAUCAAAUAUUAAAAUGUUAUUAGUAGUUUAAAUUACAGAAAGUAAAUGCACCAUUAAAUUAUUAAUAAACUGUCAUUAUUUA